AUGGUCGUUAUUGAUAGGAGGCGAAGCUUCAUCCUUACAACGGCUCACCAUUUCUUUGGCGUCCCUCACGAUGAGGAUUUGGAUAGCAAUGAGGUGUCGCUGCUUGAUAACUUUCUGGAUCGAGCAAAGUGUCGAACGCUUUACGCUGCUUUUUUAUUUUCGAAUUCGGAAUCACGCGUCAGCUUAACCAACGAGCUAUCCGUCGGCAACAAUACUUUGGUAUUUUUCAAGAUCUCGGACUCGCUGGUGACGGAGACGAACUUCCAUGACGUCGUGCAGAUGACGUCCGUGAGUAAAAACAGCGCUACGGCACUCGCCGAGGAACUUCGGCAGGUAUGGACUCCAGCCCUGAGGACGGCCGGCGUCGACUCGCUCUUCCUGAAGAAGCUCGAGAUCGAGCUCCUCGGGCCCAAGGCUAUAUCCUCCCUCGUCGAGGAGGAGACAUUCAUGCGGGAAAAGGCCCGGGGCGCGAGGACGCCCGCGGAGAGCAGACUUUACGAGCAGGCGGUCUUUUACCUCACGAGCAUUCGUCGUGACAUGGAGAGCGCGGCUGUGACGAGGGAGGGCUUGACAUUGGUGGAGGAAACGUUCGACGCGGUCUCUGGAUAUUUGGAUGAGCUAUGGAGACUUAAGGGGCCUGUUUAUACCGAAUUGCGCAUGCAGUCGUUGCUGGAAAUUAUCGGAGACGAAGUUGCACAGCUCGUUCAAUCGUUAUUGAGUAAAGUACGUAUUCAAUCGGAUGGACGAGUAAAAGACGAGGCUGUGGCUCUUGGAGCUAUUGUUUGUGAAAAAUGGGUUGCCAUGUCCGUACGUAUGACGGACUUAUUUUGGCCUCAUAUAAUCGACCAUCCGUGGAGGGGAAAGCCAUACAGACCGGAAAAAUGCACAAAUUUUGGAAUCAGAUUAAAAGAAAUAGCUGAAAUUCGCGGGCAAAAUCGUCAAUUGACGAAGCUGUUGACUCAAAGUGAGAGGACGCAUCUCGAGAUCGAUGCAUUAUUCAAAAUAUUCGAUAAUGUCGACGAAUUGCUCGGGGAGGAAAACGACGUAAAGUGGAGUCGAUUAAAAGAUAAGGUGCAGAGCAGCCUCGCACCUAUCGAGGAACGCGUCGCUACGAAGCUGAAGACUCGUAUCACUGGAGCAAAGACAUUACUUGCCGUAGAGACCGAGUUUCGUCGAUAUAGCGAUCUCGUGAGGAGAGAGAUGAUAAAGAAUCUUCUUCGAGCCGAGCGACAAUCUCUAUUGUCCGCCUAUUCCGAUCUUAUCGAUGCAGCUCAAAAUGAGUGCGACACGAAGGAACUAUUGGAUACGCCUGAAAUUUUACAAGCCGUUCAAACUGCCAAGGUGUCGGAACUUCGUCUCAAAAGCUUGCAAAAGCUUGGACAACAAUUACUCGACGAUCUUCCAGGGUACGAGGAUAUUUCGAGAAGACUUACGAGUUGUAUUUGCGAUGUUGAAAAGCAUAGACAAGAACUCGUUGAAACAUGGGUGACGGAGACGCAGAAGUCGGUGGCGAGGAAAGAGCUGACACUGAGCCAAAAGAGCGCAGUGGUCGAGCUCACCGGCGCAAAGAUGAUGCGCGUAAACUUCGACCCGCGGCUAACGACGCUCAUACGGGAGGGUCGCGGACUCGCCGGCCAGGGCGUGGAGCUUCCGCGUGAGAUAAAGGACCUGGUGGAGCGGGCCUCGAUGUUGACGAGACGGGCGCGAGCACUACAGCAAGUAGCCAACUUUCACAACACCAUUGGCGACCGGAUGAUACCGUCGCAACGUCCGCUGAUGCUUGCCGCGGCCCUCGAACUGGCCGGAGCCGUUCGCGAGCAAUCGGGCGUCGUCUGGUCGGAUCCCCGAGCCGUCGAUGCUUUCACCAGCAAACUCCAAGAAUUGGUAAAGAGAUUUGCACAUCAGAAUGCCGAACUCGCCUCGAAGCACACAACUUUACGAGAUUUAGUUUCAAAUUUGCUAAAGGGUGAGAGCGUGAAUAUGGUGACAAAUCAAAAAGUAUGGAAAGACACUUUAAGGAGCAUGAGGGAUAUUGUCAGCUUGGUCGAGGAUAAUUAUGGUAAUACGAAGGCGUGGAAGCUCCAUUGGGAUCGACAGCUAUUGAAAGCUUUGGGAAUAGCUUACAGGGCGGCUUUGCCAUCAUUGAUCAAGAAAUUAUCGGAAAUUCGAGUUGAAUUGACUUUUCGCGACAAAUCGCUGCAAUGGAAGCCUUCGCUCGAAGACAUUAGAACGAAACUUUAUUCAGGCAUACGUCGCUUCCUCGCGAUCCCAGUGAAUUUCCGUGGAGUUGGCGAUCAGGCCGAUGGCCACUUUCAAACUCUCAUACCGCAAAGCAUUUAUUUGUUCGGGGGAGUUUAUAAGGAGGCGGAAAUUUUGCUUAGCGCGCUCGAAAGUUUCCGAAUAAAGUGGCUGUCACUUGUUGCUCCCGCGAAUGUCGAUGUCGGCCAAACAUUGAGGGGCAAGCAAUGGCAAGACUGGGAAAAAGCAUUUAAAGAUUCCAAACAGUGGGCCCAAGAGGUUAGUAAAUUGAGAGCAAACGAAGUAAAGAUAUUAUGCAUUACCGUUGAUACUGGAACAAUAAGAAACGACUUGGAAUCUCUAUCUCGCAGGUGCUGGGAACGAUUGGCGCUGGAUCUGCGGGCCGAAGCAUCCUCGCGUUUAAUCGCAAUCGUGGAGUUUUUGUCAUCGGCGUUAAAAAAAUUAUCGCAACGGGCGCGCACUAUCGAAGAAAUUGGAGAAGUAUACGAGGCUUAUUCGAACAUUCAAAAGCAAUACAAUGAUAUUGCUCAAGAAUUGGAGGAUGUUUCGGGAUUGGGUAGGAUAUUGGCCGCCUGGACGAGGGAAAAAUUAGAAGGCUUGGAUAAUGCGCAUAUUGCUUGCGAGAGCUUAAAAGAACGUAUGAGGAAUUAUCAGGGCGUAAUGGUUCAUCAGUUAGAGGAGGCGAAGUUGAAUUUGCGACAUCAAGUGCUGGCCGUUCACGACGAGCAAGAGCGCUGGAAUGCAAAGUGGAUGGCGAGACCGGAGGUACUUGGCAACGAUUGGAUAGAAACGAUGCGCGAAAGAUGGACGAAUUUGUCCGAGCAAAGGGACAUGCUCGUGAGCGAUUGCAAACGACUGAAUUUGCCCGUUGAUGAAAUAUUCGCAAGCGAUGAUAAGAUGGUAGCGCGGAUGGAGGCCGAGCUCGAAGCCGAGGAACUCAACUGCAAAUUUCAAAGUGAAUUUAUGGAUGAGUUGAGGAGACAGGAGGAGGAGGAGUGGACGGUCGCUAGACGUAGAUUGGCAAAGUUUCACGACUGGCUCGACUCGUGGCAGGGCCAAAUACAGCUGCAUUCCAAAAAUCAACGCGAAGAGUCGCUGCAGGAGCACGACACUUCCAAGCAUCUCGCCCACUCUUAUAUCGAGCGACGGAUCUUGGAAUUGAGAGAGUCGGUCGAAUGGGUGCAGCUGUUGAAGGGGGAAGAGCUCGCGGACGAGCACUGGAGCGAAUUGAAGGACAUAUUGGAGCUCGAGGGAGUGAAGCACUCGAACGGCAUAACUUUGGGCCACUUGCUGCAACGAUCGCAGCUAAUCCAAGCUAAUGCCGAACGAAUCAAGGACGUAACGAAACGUGCCGCAGCCGAGAGUGGAAUACGCCAAGCGCUUGGAGAACUCGAGGCCUGGGAGAGUUAUACGUCACUGCCACUUCAAGAGUCUAAGGACAGUAAAAAUGAGGGGAUUUAUAUAGUUAGCGAUUAUAGUACACUGUUGGCGCGAGCCGGGGAGUUGAAGCUGAUACUGGAGGGGGCGAGGGGAGCAACGGGGUAUGAAAGAUUUGCCUCGAGAGCAGCUCGAUGCGAAGCCGCGCUGCACGAACUGGAAGAGCGCGUCAAGCUGCUCAAUACAAUUCAACGAAAAUGGAUUUAUUUAGAGCCAGUGUACGGUGGCGGCGCUGCACCCAGCGAUUCCGGCAGAUGGGCGCGAGCUGAUAAAGAAUUCAGAUACUUUAUCGGGGAAAUAUCGAGGGAUCCCAAAAUACCGUCCAUUAAAAAGCUGCCGUUUCAUGCUCUCGUCGGCCUUAAAGACUUGAUGGACAGAUGUCAGAGGAGCUUGGACGACUUUUUAGAAGAAAAGAGAUCGGCCUAUCCGAGGCUCUACUUCUUAAGCGAUGACGACCUUCUUGAAUUAGUGUCUGGUAAAGGGAAGGGUUUGGAUGUCCAUUUAGCGAAAUUGUAUCAAGGAGUUGGCUCGAUUGAAAAGGACAAUGGUUAUAUAACGAGCAUCGUGUCGCCGCAAGGUGAGAAGCUCCGGCUAAUUGACAAAAUUAGUCUUACAGAGACAUUUCCAAAGUGGUUGCUGACUUUAGAGGAAAGUAUGAGAAAUGCCUUACAGCAAAAUUUGAAUACUUGCUUGUUAGAGCAAAUACCAAAUAUUGCAUCGUAUCCGACGCAAAUAUUGCUUUUGUGCGAAAGAAUUCGCUUCACGCAAAAGUGCGAAAUCGCUAUUGAGGAUAACGUCAGGGGCUUAACAGAUUUGCUCAAAUUUCUUGAAAAGCAAAGGGUACGUUAUAAAGGUUUGGAGGAUCCGGGGGAUGAAUUGAUGUCUUUAAAGGUGAAGAACCUUUUGCUCGAAACUGUGCAUCAUAUUCACAUUGUUGAAAAUCUCUUAAACGUAAUCUCGGAUAAGGAGAAACUUUGGUGGAAUUGGAAUCGUCAAUUAAGGACUUACAAAAAUGGCGGUGGAGCUGCUGUACGCUGUGCCAAAGCUGAAUUCCCCUACUGUUUCGAGUAUCAGGGGGCUGCUGUUAAUCUUGUGAGAAGCCCGUUAACGGAAAAAUGCUACCUCGCUCUGACUCAAGCAAUGAAAUUAGGACUCGGAGGUAGCCCAACAGGUCCUGCUGGUACGGGCAAAACCGAGAGCGUAAAAGCUUUGGGUGGCAUAUUAGGACGUCGUGUUCUCGUGUUCAAUUGCGACGAAGGAAUGGAUUCUGGCAGUAUGCGUCGGAUAUUAAUUGGCUUGGCACAAGCCGGUGCUUGGGGAUGCUUUGACGAAUUCAAUCGCCUCGAAGAGAGUACCAUGAGCGCCGUGUCCAUGCUAAUAAGGCCAUUGCAAGAGGCAAUUCGCGAUGGAGUUGGAAAAAUAAAUUUGGAUGGCUCGGAGAUACGCGUAGACCCGCACUGUUGCCUAUUCAUAACAAUGAAUCCUGCUGGUGAUGAUUAUGGGGGACGACGGAAAUUACCGGAUUCAUUAGCAAGAUUAUUUAGAUCGAUUGGAAUGGCCAAUCCUAACAAAAUCAACAUCGUUACGACACUGUUGGAGUGCGCUGGUUUUAUGAACUCGUGGAAAUUAGCCAAUCAAUUAGUCGAGACUUUCGACACUGCAGAGAAAUUGUUAUCUAAACAAGCGCACUACGACUGGGGCUUACGAGCGCUAAGAUCCGUGCUAAAUGCCAUUCCAUCGGCCGUUGGGCUUGACGAAGUAACUGAAAAUUCAAGAUUAUUAGCGGGAAUUCAUAUAGCCACCAGGCCUAAAUUGGUUGGAAAAGAUGUGCCAAACUUCUUGUCAUUAUUAAACGACAUAUUUCCAGCCAUUGAUUUACCUUCGAAAGCCAUUAUUAAAGGAAAUGAAGAUUUACAAUCUAUUCUUAAUGAUACAUGCCAAUCUCAAAACUUAAACGAGAGCUUAAUUAGUAGAUGUAUUCAGUUAAAUGAUCAAUUGAAAAACAGGAGCGGAGUUGCAAUUGUUGGACCACCUGGAUGUGGCAAGUCAUUAAUAAUAAGAACAUUGGCCGACUCCUUAUCGAAGAUUGGAGAAACCGUGAGACAAUUUCAAAUUUAUCCAGGAGCAAUUUCAAAGUCAAAACUACUUGGCACCGUCGAUCCUCGAACGAGAGAAUUUAAGGAAGGAUUACUGUCCAACGUUAUUUCUAAUUCCGAUGGCAAGCCAUUGUGGAUUAUAUUUAAUGGCGAUGUUGAGCCAGAAUGGGCAGAAGCUUUAAACUCGGCUUUGGAUGAUAAUCGCAUUCUUACUCUCUCCAACGGAGUCGCAAUCAAAUUGGGAAACGAAACACGUUUCUUAUUCGAGUCACAUAAAUUGUCGAAUGCCAGUCCAGCCACAGUUUCUCGAUUAGGCGUUGUUUAUCUUGGUGAAAUGUCAGCGUCAAUUCUUCUAAACUCAGCGACUUUGAGCGAUCUUCCCUCUAUAUCCACUACCAACUUUAUUAUGAAUCACCUUCAUUCUGCGAUCGAACAAGUUUUAAACAUCAAAAAAGGACAAAAAUCCGCACCGGGAUUAUUGCGCGCUGCAAUGGUUCACUUUCAAAAUGCGCAUACGCAAACAAGUUGUAUUCACGCAUUGUUGCUCUCCAUAUGCGGACAAAUCGAAAGCUCAACUUUACAAGAUAAAAUUGCGCGCUCGAUUUAUCAGUUAACUGGCAUUUGGUGUCCCGAUUGCGAUAAUCCCUACGAUGUUAUAUAUAACGAAGAAAAGGACGUACUAGAUCCUUUUAUAACUGAUGCAAAAACGAUGAGAACCGACGAAGGCUCCUCCAUUUACUUAUCAGGAUCGCUGCAAAGGGGAAUAAGUGCAACUUUGCCUUGGAUCACGUCUGGACAAGCGGUUCUAUUUCGAGGACCAAACGGCUGUGGAAAAAAUUCCUUAUUAUCGGCUAUUAUAACUCUAAUGAAAAUGGAGUCGAAGGAAGCAAUUUCAGUUAUAAAAACAUCAUCGUUGUACGGCUCGAAAGAUUUAAUCGACAGAUUAAAAAGAUCGUGCGUUAAAUUAGAUUCGUUAUCCGUUGGUAGAACAUAUAAACCAAAAUAUGGAUCAAAUUUGAUUUUAGUUAUAAGAGAUCUGCAUAUAGCUUCGAAAAAUUUUCAGGAACUCAUUCGCCAAUUGAUACAAGAAGGAGGAUUUUACGAAGACGAUCUGGAAUUUGCUAAACUACCUGUCGUCAUCUUAAGCACCAGCGACUCCUCCACGGAUUUGCAUCCAAGACUUGAUUCAUUAUUCGCAACGCAUUACUUACGGCCUCUUAAGCCGAACGAUAUUGACACAAUUGUAGAACUACACCUUGAACAAUCACUGGGAGACGAUAAAAUUAUAGUGAGACCUUGGAUUGUUAAGAUGUCCUCGAUAAUCGUCGAAGCCUUCAACGAACUCUCUACCAAUAAGGACAUUAUUAAAUGGACAUUGGGUGAUUUGAUGGUGUGGAUCGAUUCGUUAAAAUAUUAUCCGAAGCCCGAGAAUGAAUCUAAUAUGACAAAUUACUUGAUCGAUUCGUCGCGACGUCAUUUUAAAGCAAAAUUAUUAAUAAAGCAACAAAAGCGUCUCGAGUCUAUUAUAUUUUCUCGAAGCUCCACGGGAAUUAAUUUUGACGCCGAAGUUUAUGUUUGGAAAGGAUCUAGUGCUGGUUUAAUAAAUCUAGCCAAAUCACAUUGGAAAGCUGAAAUUGAAAAUGCAGUAACAAGGUGCAUUCGAGAAGGACACACAAUGUUGACAAGCAUUUCGCCACAUUUAUUAGAAAUAGCUGCUGGCAUUAGUUGGGGCCUCGGUUGUCAGCGAAGGGGAUUACUUUUAACCGGUCGUCCGGGUGCUGGACGAAGAUGGGCGACAAAAAUCAUUUCCGUCAUUUCGUCCCUGCGAAUUAUCGAUUCUGGCCCCGGUCGAGGGAAGGCGUUCGUAAAAGCAGCGGUUCAAGCGGCAGGCAUCGAUGGCGAAUUGACUAUAUUAAUUAUCGAGGAGUAUCACUUACGCGAAGAUGACAUGGCCAUUUUACUUUGUGCAAUAAUAGCCAAUGGCGAGUUACCAGGACUCUACACGGCAGAGGAAUUGGACGGUUUCGUGGCACCGCUUGCCGACUCGGCAGCUAGAGAGGAAUUCCCAGGGAGCUUGGAUCAGUAUUUGUAUCAUCGUCUGAGGAGGUAUCUGCGCGUUAUUCUAAUCGUCGAUUCCUACGAGCUGAAAAGCAAAUGGCUGUCGGAAACGAAUAUUCCUCGCCAUUGCGUACAAACGACCGGACAAUGCUUGUGCAGUGAUUGGUGGUUGAUAGAGGAACAUCUGACGGAGCUGGCUAGCCUUUACAAGGACUCGUCGAGCGACAUUAAAGAAGAAUUUUCGGGAUCGAACGAGGUGGUGCAAGCGCACCUAACUGCCCCCGAGCAGCAACAGGUACCAGCGAGAUUCCUGGCACUGCUCCACAAGUGGAAAGAGCUGCGCGAAACCUGCCUCCGAGAUAUUCUCGAGAAGCUGAAGAACUUACAGGCUGGUAUCGAUCGACUGAAAGAGGCUGGAGAUCAGAUAGCCAAAUUGGAGGAAGACGCGACGAAGCAGCGACACGAGCUCGAGGUGGAAAAGGGUAGAGCUAAUGCCACGCUCGAGCAAAUAACGGCAACGAUGCGGGGCGCCACGGGACAACGAGGUGAAAUGACGACAUUGAAGGACGAGACCGAGCGCGAAAGUGCCGAACUUGCUCGUCGAAAGUUGGAUAUCGAGGGUGAGCUUGGCAAGGUCGAGCCUCUGGUAGAACAAGCGGCUCAAGCGGUCGCGGGCAUAAGUGCCGAGGCCCUCUCGGAGGUGCGCUCGCUGCGCGCGCCCCCGGCACCGGUGCGCGACGUCCUCGAGGGCGUGCUACGGCUCAUGGGAAUACGCGACACAUCCUGGAACAGCAUGAAGACGUUCCUAGCGAAACGCGGCGUUAAGGAGGAGAUCAGAAACUGGGACGCCCGGCGAAGCACCCCGGCGAGCCUCGAUGCCGUGGCCAAACUCGUCAGCGAGAAACCCGAGAGCUUCGAAGAGCGAACUGCCAAGCGAGCCUCGGUCGCUGCCGCACCCCUCGCUGCCUGGGUCCUCGCCAAUCUCCAGUACGGUCAAAUCGUCCAGCAGGUCGCGCCACUGGAGCGGGAGCAACGUCUCCUCGCCGAUCGACUGUUGGCUGCGGAGACGCAGAUUUGCAAGCUCGAAACUGGCCUCAACACGGUUGAGAACAAAGUGGCCCAGCUGCAGGAGGAGCUCGCGGCUCAUUCGAGAGGCGCCGCUGAGCUGCAGCUGCGCACCGAAGCUACCGAGUCGAGUUUGUCAACCGCUCGAGCUUUGCUCGGCAAACUCGACGCCGAGCACAAUGACUGGCUGAUGCAAUUCCAACUGCUCACCGAACGAAAAAUGCGGAUUGGAAUGGAGGCUGCGGACGCCGCUGCUCUCCUCAUUUAUCAGCCAGUGAGGAAGGAGGACGAGAGGCGCAAACGGGCGAUCGACUCGUUGAUAAGUGAGCGGGAGAGGCUGCAGUGGCGGGCCCAGGGCCUCCCCGUCGACACCGACAGUCUAAUCGGGGCGGCUCGAUCACUGCGGUCGAAUCUCGUGCCCCUGUUCGUGGAUCCCUCGGGUGUGGCAGUCACCUGGCUUCGAGCGCACAUCGGCGAAUCGCGACUGGAGGUCGCUCGGCCCGGUGAACCACGCUUCCUCACGAUCGUCGAACUUGCGGUGAGAUUCGGCAAGCCACUGCUCAUCGAGGAGAUCGUCGAGCUGCCCUCGGUCCUGCUGCCGCUGCUCAGGAGACGUCCCUUGAGAAUCGGCGACCGGAGCCUACCAGCGCAGCAGUCGUUCCAGCUGUUCUUGGCCACGAGGCAAGAGGAGCUACUCGAGAGCCUGCCGAGCGAGGCCGAUGCCGUCCUUAUGAAGAUCGCGCUUGGGUCCGGUAGUAGGAGCCUGGCUGAACGAUUAGUUGAAAAGGCUAUUUUGCAAGAGACACCGGAAGUGGAGCAUCGAAGAAGGAAGGCUUUGGAGAGGGAGGAGCAACUGUCGGGAGAAAUAGAGGCUGCGAGACUGGAGCUGUUAGUGCAAUUGGGUGCGGCUCGUGGUCAGAAUAUCUUACAGGAGUCGCAGAAUCAGCAUGGUGGCGGUCUUUUAGCGACGCUCGAGGUGACGCAGUCGAAGGCGAGAGAGAUCGAGCGUGCCCUGGAUGAGAGUCACCGUGACCUCGAGGACGUCCUGAAAAGGAGCAACGAACACGAAAGACUCGCCAAGUUUACAGCGAUUAUAUAUAAAUUCAUUAGAUCCUUCGCGACUCUCAGCUCUCUGUACGUAUUCACUGCCGAGAUUAUAACGGAUAUAUUUUUGGAUGUCGAACGCGGUAGAGCAGAGCUGACCAGAUCCAACAAGGAUGAGAGGGAAAAGUUGCUCGAACGAUCUGUAAUAACCAUGACACUCCAUCAUUGCACAAAGGCUGUCUACAGAAAACAUCGUCUCCCUUUAGCAUUACACUUGGCUAUGUUAUUGACCUCCGUUCCCGAAGAACAGCGAAAUCUUUUGUUACACGGAGAAAGUGCGUACAUCGGUAGCUCUGGCAUCGACAUUGAUAUUCCUAAUUACAUCCCAUCGGAGCAAAAACUGGCCGUUCGUGCUUUAAUUGGCAUAUUGCCCGCGAUGGCGGAAAACAUCAAGCCCAGCUGGAUGAAUAAUAUUGCCAGCAUUUACUCGGACGACCGUAUCAGUCAAUUCGAAAAGAUUCUAAUCAUCCAAGCUCUUCAUCCCGAGUAUCUUCACACGGCCCUCACCAAAUGGACGUCCCAGCAACUCGGAGUUCGAAACCUCACGCCACCUUCCUGGACAUUGAAACAAAUAGCGGAAGAAAACGAAAGACGACCCGUACUGCUGCUUCUGUCACCAGGCGCAGAUCCAGCACCGGAGCUCAAUAAUUUAGUAGCCAACAAAGUCCUGGCUGCCUCUGGUUUUACGGAAAUCGCCUUAGGUCAAGGUCACGUGGCUCAAGCCGAAUCUGCUUUAGAAGUAGCGUGCAAACAGGGAAGCUGGAUUCUGCUAAGUAAUCUUCAACUUGCCUUGAAUUGGCUGCCUCGUCUCGAGGUAAUUUUACGUUCACCCGCUUGCACCACGCACAAGGAUCCUAAUACGAGAAUUUGGCUGACCACGGAAGAAUGUAACGGAUUUUAUUCAGGACUGUCCGGUCUGUGUCUGAAGUUGGCUUACGAGCCACCCGAAGGUAUCAAACGUAACGUUAAAAGGUCGCUUCAGCAGCUGCAGCAGUGCCAACCGAUGAUAAAAAAUCCUUGCAAAUUACUCUUAAUCUCCUGGUUGCAUGCUAUACUUCAGGAAAGACGAAAAUUCGUCCCUCAAGGCUGGACGAAGGAUUACGGAUGGAGCGAAGCUGAUCUGCAGGCGGCUUGUGAAUUAGUUGUAAGGAAGAGCUCGAAAGAUGGGACGAAAAAAUUCGAUGAAGACUGGGAAGCUGAUAGAGGGAUCCUUGACGUCGCGGUUUAUGGCGGAUUUUUGCAAGACGAAUACGACAUGCGUACGCUAAAGGCGAUACUGCGACACAUAUGGUCAAAGGACAUGUACAGGGGACAUCGAAAACUAGGAAAUGUUAUAAGCAUACCGAAAGCAGACUCGGAAAAUCCUAUCAUAAUGAUUGACAGAUUGGAUGAUGCUGACUCGCUUCAAGCUUAUUUCGGAUUACCGGCAAAUGCUUAUCGAGCUUGGGAAAGGUCAGCGGCUGAAUUGACAUUAAGAUACAUAAGAGAAAUUUUAAGGAAAACUGGUAAGAUCGGUAAGGACGACGCCGAUAAAGCAUUAUCUACGUCGGUUUUUCAAUGCAUUAAAGAUAUGAAAACAAUGAUAGAUCAGCAGCGAAUAAUCGAGCCGACAAAUGUAAAAGAGGCGACGCAUGAAUUAGAAGAUGAUCCGUUAAAGCGAUUUUUCACCUAUGAAAUAAAUACGACGAAAGAACUAUUGGAGUUUGUACGUUCCAACUUGGAUAUUCUAGAAUUGAAAGCCGACUUGAAAACUCCGGCUCAAUGGAUUGCCCAUUGGCGUUCUGGCCCUCGAGAUUCCAUUCCAUUCGUUAAUCAAUUAAUUUUGAGAUACCAGUCACUUAAGUCGCUAAAUGGACUGCCUAAUAAGGUCAAACUCACCUGGUUUUCCAUGCCUGGAGCUUUUCUGUCAGCUCUUAAACUAUACAGCGCCCGAGAAACUAAACGGCCAUUUGAAAAUCUACAAUUACAAACUAAAUGGACAAAAGAUUUCAGUAGAGAAGGAAUCUGGAAAACAUCGGUUAUUCUUGAAGGACUUCUUUUAACAGGGGCACGCAUACAGAAUGGAAUCUUGGAAGAAGUAACAGCGAACGCGAGCUCGGUCGUGACUGCCCCGGAUUGCUUAAUUGCUUUCAUCGAUGAGAAACAUUUGAGAGAAAGGGAUGAGGAGAGCCGAGGCAGCGAGUGGAGCGAGACAGACGCGGUAUUAACCGCCGAUCUCAAUACCUUGCAAGUUCCCGUCUACGCAGAUUCAUUUCGGAAUCAUCUCGUUUGCUCCCUACCUGUACCCUAUAUCAAUGACCAAAGGGACAUUUGGCAUCAGAGAGGAAUCAGUUUUCACUUGCGUACUAAUUAAGUCAUAAAUGCACCAUUAAUCACCAUUAUUUAAAUUAAAAUAAUACCAUUAGUAAGAUGUUUAAUGUAAU